GAAUAAUUUAGGCAAACCUCUAAUUGCAACUUAUAACCGAACGUCCGAUAUCGGAGGAGAAUUCCUAGUCGAAAGACUAUCUAAGAUUUUUGCACAAAGUAAUUGCUCCAAUAUUAAAUAUGCAGAAACUACGGUUGACAUUGCUGCUGAUUUUGGGGAUCUUCCAAAUUAGCACAGCUUGUGAUGACAUACUGAGCGAAUGUUCUGAAGCGUUAGAGUCAGAAGUAGAAUUGCUUACCGGCCUACCAAAUGAACAAGAGUUACGACGGAUCUGUCCAGUAUUCUUGGAUGUUUUUGACUGUGUACGAGAAAAGUCCUUGAAGUGUGAAGGAAAAACGGCGGAACAGGCAGUUGUAUCGUCAGAUGACCCUGGAGACGCGAUAGCGGCUCAACUUUUCAUAAAUAUGGAAGCACUUGCCAAAGAAAUAUGUAAUGAAGAAAGUGACUUGCGCAAAAGUUAUAUCAGGACUCAACCCUGUACUAGAGAAUAUUUCAGCAAACCCCCGAAAAUUCAAUGUAAAAGGGAAGCAGAAGCUGCGUAUGCUGCCUACAGAGAUAUGAAUGAAAUUCUGCUAGCGGAAGGUGAAGAAGAACUUGAUGAGGACGCCAUGUGUUUGAUGGAGGCUUACGCCUUCGCAUGUAUAGCCCAUGAUCUUCAGUUGACAUGCAAUGAAGAAGCUAGAAAUGUUUUGACAGGAAUAUUUCAAAGACUGAAACUUUCGAGGGUGAGCUGCUCAGUUUCUAGCCUCAAUGAGUUGAAGACUAAUUUCCUGGAAUCAUUGGACCUCGAGCCGGAACGCAGAGAUGUUUUCUCUUUGGCCUUCAACUCAUUAAAAAAGAGGAAGAAGUAAUUAUCGCUUCACCUGCGGAUAAUAAGAUAAAUUAUCAUUUUCUGGCAGAUAUGUAGUCUUUGUGUUGAAUAAUCUUUCUCAAGUCUAUUAAAGUUGAAAUUAAGCAAUGAAA